UAGUCCCCAUUAUUUAGUAAUGACUAAUAAAACUCUCUAACUACUAAAACUAAAAAUUGAAGAAAAAACAUGAGACCCACCACCGACGAAAUCGAAGUGAGAGAUUUCGUGGUGAACCAAAAGAAUGGAGUGAAAGGACUCGUCGACUUUCUAAUCCUAACCACACUCCCUUCUCCAUACAUUCAACCUCCUCAAGAACGCUUCACUUCCGACAAGAUCCUCCUCGGAUCAUCGGUCCCGGUCAUUGACGUGUCCAAUUGGAAUGACCCGCACGUGGCUAGAGAGAUCUGCCAUGCAGCGACAAAGCUCGGCUUGUUUCAGAUAGUGAACCACGGGAUAGCUCCGGCGGAGUUGAUGGGCGUGACUGCGGCGGCGCGUGGGUUUUUCGAGUUGCCGGCCGAAGAAAGAAGAAGGUAUUGGCGAGGGAUUUCGGUGUCGGAGACGGCGUGGUUGACCACAAGUUUCAAUCCUUACAAGGAGAGAGUUUUGGAAUGGAGAGAUUUCCUCAAGUUUGAGUAUCUUCCUCAACGACACGACUUCGCUGCCACGUGGCCUUCCGUCUGCAAGGAACAAGUGAUAGACCACUUCAAGAAGAUCAAACCAAUCACAGAGAAGAUCUUAAACAUACUCAUCAACAAUCUAAACUCAGUCAUCGACGAGUCCAAUAAAGAAACCCUAAUGGGAACAAUGAGAAUGAACUUCAACUACUAUCCGAAAUGUCCUGAGCCAAGCUUGGCCAUAGGAACUGGUCGCCACUCAGACAUCAACACUCUCACUCUCCUCCUACAAGAAGACGGUGUUUCAAGCAGUCUUGAGGAUGGAGACAAAUGGAUUCAUGUCCCUCCAAUUCCUGGAGCAAUUGUUGUUAAUAUUGGAGAUGUAUUACAGAUAUUGAGCAAUGAUAGGUAUAGGAGCGUGGAGCAUUGCGUGGUGGUCAAUAAGUGUUGUAGCCGGGUUUCCAUUCCGGUUUUCUGCGGACCGGUUCAUGAUUCGGUUAUUGAGCCGUUACCGGAGGUGUUAGAGAACAAUGAGAUGGCUCGGUAUAGAAAGAUUGUGUAUUCGGACUACUUGAAGGAGUUUUUUGGAAGACCUCAUGAUGGAAAGAAGACUGUUGAGUCGAUCAAAUUCCCAUGAAAUGAUUUACAAAGAUGAUCUGCGGCUCAAAAUCAGGAAAUAAUAUCUCUAUAUAUUG